GGAAGCAGUCUCCUUUACAUCACGCUGUCGGACCGGAAGCUGCUCUGCCGACAUGAACCAGCUCAACAAGCCUCCCGAGUUCGACUCCUAUGAGAUCGAGGAGCCGAGCGACGAGGAGCGGGCGGAGGACAGUUCGGAGGACGAGCUGGACGUUCUGCUGAACGGGACUCCGGAGCAGAAGAAGAAGCUGAUCAGAGAGUACCUGACGGGGGAGAGCGAGUCCUCCAGCGGCGAUGAGUUUGAGAAGGAGAUGGAGGCGGAGCUUAGCACCACCAUCAAGACCAUUGAGGGAACCUGGGCGCCUCCAGCAGCAGCAGAAGCUUCAGCAGCAGCAGGAGGAGGAGGAGGAGGAGGAGCUCCUGCUCUUCCUAACCGUCCGGUGUACGAUGAGGUUUACUUUGACUCUGACUCAGAGGGAGAGGAGGCGCCAAGCGGCUCCACCGGACGGAGGCGGCGACAGCGAGCCGUCCUGACCAACGACGAGCUGCUGUACGACCCCGACGAGGACGACAGGGACCAGGCCUGGGUGGACGCCAAGAGGAGACAGUAUCACAGCAGAAAGCGGCCGGCUGGAGGGUCUCGGUCGCAGCCUCGUCAGAAUCCGGGUUUACUGAGCAGCGACGCCGUCCUCAACUGUCCCGCCUGCAUGACGACGCUCUGCCUCGACUGUCAGAGACAUGAUAAGUACCGGACGCAGUACCGAGCCAUGUUCGUCAUGAACUGCGCGGUGAAGAAGGACGAGGUGCUGCGCUACAAAACCCAGCAGGAGGUGAAGCAGAGGAAGAGGAAGAGGAGGAGGGGACAGAAAACAGAAACGCCGAUGGACGAGACUCCGGAGACGCCGACGACGCCGGCGCCGGAGGGGAUGGACGCCGACGAGAUCUACCACCCGGUCCAGUGCAGCGAGUGUUCUACGGAGGUGGCCGUGUUCGACAAAGACGAGGUCUACCACUUCUUCAACAUCCUGGCCAGCCACUGCUGAGACGGACACGAGGACCGUUAGUUUUUUUAUUACAUGAGUUUGUCUCUGGUUCUUCACCACUGAGGAAGAAGAGGAGGAAGAAUCGGGAAGACUGACUUAUUCAGUCGAUAACAUUGUUGGUCAUUUCACUCGCUUCAUGAGGAGAAAAACAUCUGGACAGCAGAGAGGAAUCUCAGCCGAACGUCUCACAAAAACUGGAAUUUGACACUAAAAUGAUGUUAUUGCUGCUCUGAUGGUCAGCUCAGGUCUGAAUACACAAGAGGCAGAGUUUUGAGGCUGAUACUGAUAUUAAUAUUCGAGAAUUAAACAACCUGCAAACAUUUUGAUGAGGCUUCUUGGUGACACUUUACCUUAACUGCCCUAUUUAGUGUUUUUAAUCAGUAUAUAAAUAUUGAAUUAAGGGUUUAAAACACUAUAAACAUAGUUGUUAGAUGAUAUAAAUGUUUAUUAAUGUAUUUGCCAACAACUAUAACUCCUCUUCCAUCAGUGGAGGCUGCUGUGAAAACAACAAAACAGUAAAACACGGUGGUUAUAAGAGAAAACAUGUCUUUAUUGGAGAAGUUAUAAUUGCUGAUAAAUACUGUACAUUUAAAGGAUAGUAGUGAUGUUUAGAAGUGUGUUUGUUAAGGUUCUUCUCCAUAGUCAGUGUUUUUCUAAUUUGUAUUUUUGACACCGAAAAGAAUCAAUAUCAGCUUAAGUGAACGCUAUUAUGAGAGCAUUUUCUGACGGGAACUGAACUUAAAGUAGAACUUUUUAAAACUCUUUUUGUCAACGGAGUAUUGUGGCUUUGAACUAACACAGAUACAUUUUUACUUUCAGCUCAGUUCCCCGUCAGAUAAAGCUGUCUGGUGGGAAGAUAGAGCAGUGUAAAUAUACUAAACAUAGUGAACACUUUAACUGAUAUUGUUUUGUAGGUGAGCCUUUCUUUCUGUCUAAAAUAUUUCAUGCGACCACACUUCUAACAUCCAAACUGUCCGUUGAAUAAACACUUAAAAGUGUCCUUAUAGCUGUAACUACAUUAUAGUGUGCUCUUACCACUUAUUAAAUCUUUGUAUACUGUUUUUGAAUGUGAACUAGAGAGGGUUAAAGUAAAGUAUCAUGAACUUUAUAACAUUUAUUUUUUUGUUGUUGAUGAAGACCAGGUUAUGUACUGAAGUGGAUAUUUUACGGUUGUAAAUAAACUUCCCAGUGCUUUCUUUUUGAACAAACUAUUUGUAUUUGUCACCUCCGACCUGUACAAUGCUGCUCUUAUACAAUGUAAAUACAGCUGCGAGAAGGUAACGCCAGCUAUUUGGUAAAGCUCUAAAUACACAUUGUAGGUACGGUGAAGCUGAGCUGCCUCCACGUGUCCACCAGACAUUACAGGAUUAAUUAACUGCUUUGUUUUCUUGGUUUUCACACAGUUUGUAAUGUUCUAUAACAAUAGUUUUUAUUUGGUUUACCGAAGCUUUCCGGGCUUUUUCCCCUACAAGACCAAAUAAAUAGUUUCAUUUUUCAAAACAGGCUUUGUAUUUUCCUAAAACACCUGCUCACUGUAGUUUUUUGGGGACUAUUUUCAAUGGCAGAUAAAUCCAUAUUUGGUGCUCUGGUGAGUAUUAGUGGCAGCAGGACUGUGUAUGUGCGGUUA